AGGGGGGCGUGCCGUCGGUUCCUGUCAGUGUGUGAGCAGACCGGAGCGAGCCCCGGGACUUACCGACUUCUCCUCGCUUCUCCCGCUGGCCCGGGCGGCCAUGCCCUCCGACUUCAUAUCGCUGCUUAGUGCCGACCUUGACCUUGAGACCCCGAAAUCCUUGUACUCUAAAGAAUCGGUUUAUGACCUUCUCCCAAAGGAGCUGCAGUUACCCACAUCUCGUGAAACCUCUGUCGCCCCAAUGAGUCAGACGAGCGGAGGUGAGGCAGGGUCGCCUCCCCCAGCCGUAGUCGCUGCUGUAAUUGGAUAUAUUUUUGAAGAAAACAAAAAAAAAAUCACUAAAAUCCAUUGGGACUGCUGGCCAGUGCCGGUGAAAAUGUGUGUAUUUACUUUUGGAUUAUACACUGCAGAUGCCUCAUCUUCCUCCUCUUCCACCAUGGGCGGUGCUCGCAGUUCCUUUACCACCACUUCCAGCCCUUCUAAUUACUCUACCUCACUCACCGAUACCAAAGCUAUGCAAUCCUCUACCACGAGGGUAAGUAAGCCAGGGGUAAGUGAUCAGCUGUUAGCCAGUAAUGCGGGUCGGCAGCAGUCGGUGCCAUUGAGAUGGACAGUCCUAAACAUUUCACCGCCCCCAGAAGACCUGCUGGAUAGCAGUCAGAUGUCCUGCCAAGAUGAAGGGGGUGGUCUGGAGUCUGAGCAGAGCUGCAACAUGUGGACAGAAGACUCCACGUCUAAUUUCAGCAACAUGAGUUCUCAUUCUUACAACGAUAACACCGAGGUUCCACGUAAGUCACGCAAACGAAACACGAAGCAGAGGCCUGGGGCCAAGAGACGAGAUUCCAUCAUGGACGUUUUUGAUGCAGACAGCGCCAAAGCUCCACAUUAUGUUCUCUCCCAGCUCGCCUCGGACAGCAAAGGGAACUGCCAGGCUGGAAAUGGAGCCUCCGAGCCUCCAAAGGGAGGGAAGAAGAGUCCAUUGCUGUGCGAGCAGUUCCCAACGAAAAGUGAAGGGAAAGAUCUGAAGAUUGUGGUACAGCCAGAGACGCAGCAUCGCGCCAGAUACCUGACGGAGGGAAGCCGCGGCUCGGUGAAAGACCGGACACAGCAGGGAUUUCCUACAGUAAAGCUGGAAGGUCACAAUGAGCCUGUGGUGCUUCAAGUGUUUGUAGGCAAUGAUUCCGGCCGAGUGAAGCCGCACGGAUUCUACCAGGCCUGCAGAGUGACCGGGAGGAACACUACUCCCUGCAAGGAAGUGGAUAUAGAGGGCACCACAGUCAUAGAGGUCAUGCUUGACCCCAGCAACAUGAUGACCAUAGCGGUUGAUUGCGUUGGGAUCCUGAAGCUCAGGAACGCCGAUGUUGAAGCCCGCAUCGGGAUCGCCGGUUCUAAGAAGAAGAGCACACGAGCGCGGCUUGUGUUCCGAGUAAACAUCCCUCGGAAGGACGGCUCCACUUUAACCCUGCAAACCCCCUCGUCUCCUAUCCUCUGUACUCAGCCUGCAGGAGUGCCAGAGAUUCUCAAGAAAAGUCUGCACAGUUGCUCGGUAAAAGGAGACGAGGAGGUGUUCCUUAUAGGCAAAAACUUCCUGAAAGGGGCGAAGGUUGUGUUCCAGGAAAACAUAGCCGAUGAUAAUUCGUGGAAAGCUGAAGCUGAAAUUGACAUGGAGUUAUUUCAUCAGAAUCAUCUUAUAGUGAAGGUUCCUCCUUAUCACGACCAGCAUAUCGCUUCCCCCGCCUCUGUUGUAAUAUUUGUGGUGACAAACGCAGGUCGAUCUCAUGAAGUUCAGCCUUUCACCUACACUCCAGAGCCAUCCACUCCUGUAAAUGUUCUCAUAAAGAAAGAGAUUUCCAGUCCAACACAGGCCUGUACUUUUGAAGACUCUAUGAAAGCCGUGACCCCUCCUGUGUCUAACAUCGACCAAGUGAAUUUGCUUCCACCCGCCCGGGGGUCUCCGCACAAGUCCAGCAACAUAAAAAAUGAAGAUGUGGCUCCCAUGGAGCUGACAGGAGACCAGAGAGCUUCACAGUUAUACAAGACCUCAAACAGUGUUGGAUCAGGCCAGCCGAACCUGGAGAGCUCACCUGCCAGUGGGUCUUUUUCACCUUCUGUGUCCCAUAUCGCCAACGAGAAGGACCAGCAGACCCCAAUUCAAGUGCAAGUUUUCAGCCCAGAACCGCUGCCUACCAUCCAGACUCAAGACAUCGCUCAGCCCAGCAGUUUCCAAGCGUCGCCUCCCAGCCAGAGCGAGGAGUCCAUCCUGCAGCAGACGACGUUUCAGGCCAUGGAGUCCCAGAGCCAAGAAACUCUGCAGUCAGAGAGGACAAUGGUCACCCUGUCACAGAUGGCAGAGGCCACACAACAGGCUCAGCAGCCAGGCUUGCAGGAACAGGCUCAGACUUUGCAGCAGCAGAUCUCGACAAGCUUAUUCUCCCCAUCUAGCAGCCAGAUGCAGAACACCCUUCACCAGAUUCAAUCUGGGAGCUUUCAGCAGGGGGUCAGCGGCAGCAACACAGAAGUGGACCUGGUCCAGCAAGUUCUGGAGGCGCAGCAGCAGCUAAACUGCGUCUUGUUUUCUAGUCAAGGUGGGAGUGAAAACAAGCAGCCUGCAAUGGGGCAAGUAGAGGAACAGCUAGAGAAUGGGAUAUUUCAACUUAUUGGUUCAAUGCAAAAUACUCCCAGUCAAAGCAUCUUUUCUUCCGCUGAUUCGGUGCAUAGUAGACCUGAAAAUGUCCUCUCUGGGAGACCUGAAAGUCUUCUUCAGCAAGCUGAGAACGCCAUGACAAGUCAACAACAAGCUAUGGAAACCAAUGCAUCCAUGGUCAUGGAAAUGCAGCCAGGUAUCCACCAGGCUCCGGGACCAAUGCAGUCGGACAUGUUCCAAACUCAGAGUCCCGGUGCGGGAAGCAUCCAGUCACCCGUUUUCCAGCAAGGCUCUCACUUAAUGAGUGGCCUCACUGCUAGUGAAGAGAUGCAAAUACAAUGCGACAUGUUCUCCACACCCGGUGGGAACGAUGGAGGCACAGGGCAGCAGCAAGUGUCUGCCGCCGGCUCCAAUCUCUUCCAGUCUUCCACAGCUGCAGAUAAUAAGAAUUCACCAAAUCAGGCAGAGCAGAUGCAGAACAGCGUCUUUCAGUCCAUUGUCCAGAUGCAGCACAGCGGGGACGGACAAGCCCAGGUCAACCUUUUCUCGCCUGCAGAAGACAUGAUGGGGGUUCAAACAUCUAGUGGUCAGCAGCAAGGGGCAGGAUUGUACCAACAAGCUGGCAACAUGAUGGCCCUCCAGCAAGGUAAUUUUCUUCAGCAGCCCCCACACUCGCAUGCUCAAGUAUUCCACUCCCAGAACGCAAUAGCCGAUAACCAAAAUUUGGCUCAAGACACACAAGGAAGUCUCUUUCACCCUUCAGGCUCCAUCAGGCAGCAUCCAAGCUCGUCUUCUUCUCAAGACCAGAUGCAGUCUACACUUUUCCAUCCACAAGAAUCCAUUCCGUCUCCUCCAGAGCAGGCGGCCACGAACAUGUACACCAUGAGCUCUCUGCAGAACAGCCAAGUGCCUCAAGAGAAGCCUCUCUCGUUCUUCUCCAGCCAGAACUCCCUCCCGCAGCUCCAGGGAGCGACGAGCUCGGAGCAGCAAGCCGCGUUCCAGCAACAAGCCCAGUUGUCUCAUAUGCAGAAUUCAGCGAUGGCCCAGGAGCAGCAGCGGCAGCAGCAGUCGCCGCAGAACCUGUACCAGGCACAGAACCAACAGGCGUCUAUUUUCCAGGCAACUCACUCCAUGGUGGGCAUGCAAGGCAGCCCUUCACCUCACGAGCAGAAUCAGAAUAUCCUCUUCAGCGCACAAAGUUCUAUGGCCAAUAUGGCGGCACAAGAACAGCAGCAAAACAUGCUGUUCAGCCAGAGCCAGGAACCAAUGGCUACCCAAGAGCAGCAGAACCAAGCCUUAUUUCAUGCACAAAACAUGGACUUUCAAGCUCAGAGCCCGGUGACCUCUCAGCACGAGCAGCAGCAGUCUCCAAUGUUUCAUAACUCCCCGCAGCUCCAGCUCAACCAAGCUUCACCCACAUCUCUGGAGCAACAAGUGGCAUUGUAUAUGUCCCCUGCCUCCAUGUCGGCUCUGCAAAACAGUAUGGGCCCACAGGAGCUGCAACAGGCCAGCAUGUACUCGCAGUCCAUCCAGGGGUCCACUCCCCCUCCUCAGCAGCAGGCCGCCAUGUUCCACAGCUCUGCGGGGGGAGCCAUGAGUCAGAUGCAGGGUGCAUCCGCAUCAUCUCCACAGGCCACCGGGAUGUUCCUGUUUGGAAUCCAGAACAACUGCAGUCAGAUGAUGUCCCCAGGAGCGGGAUCGCUGCCGGACCAGAUAAUGGCGCUGGCUCAGUCAGGCCAAUCCCAAGGAGACGGACAGUCGGUGACCACACUCCUGUCCCAGCAGAUGAACGAGAACUCGUCGAUGACAACAGAUCAGAACAUGGAGAAAAUCAGCAAUUUACUAGUGUCUCUCCACAACCAGGGGAACAAUAUGUCCAGUUCGUUUUAAAUGGUGGAGCCGGAGCAGCUGCCGUGAUAAUAAACUGGAUUCUUCCGUUUAUCGGUCACGGUCCAAGUAGAAUCGGUUUCUAGUGUUGUUUUCCUCCAGACUCUUCUUCGUCUUUGUUCAGUAUUUAGCGACCAAGACUACAAAGCUAAUAUAACGUCAUACUCCAGAAAGCCGUAACCCCCGAGACCCCUGCAGGGGGCGCUCAGCCGUCAGGGCUUUCUUCAGUGAUUGUAAUGUUUACCUCUUAUUUCAUUUUUUUUUUGUCCGUGUGUUUUAUGUAGGCGUGUAUGUAUGUAUAUAUAAAUAUGUACAGAAUAUAUAUAUAUAUAUUUUUCUUCCUCUAUUUUUCUCCUUGAAGAAAUCACUUUAAUCUCCCUCCCAAGAAGCUGUGAUAGUGUACGCUUAAUGCAUAUAACGGUCUUAUUACAGAGCGGUCUGUGCUAGCAAGUGAGGUGGCGGAGGUACGGCUCUUUGCAGAGCGGACCUGGAUGUAGUAUGCAGGUGCUACCGUGGCCCCAUCAGCGGGGCCCCUACAGCAGCUGGAUGAGGGCCAAGACAUGUUAGGCAAGUAAUGCUGCACUUAACCCUGUUUUCUGCUGCCCCCUGGUGGCCAGCAGAGGCAGCGACUUUAACUUUAUUGAGCCAUGUAGAUAUAUUUUAGUACCUAAUCUGUUUCUAGUCGCCCGUUUUCCUCCUGUGUUCUUUCUUUGUGUAUUAUGUCAUCUUCACGGAGACAUAGCAUCUGCAAUUGGACACUUUCUGGCAGCGCAGGCUUUGCAGAGCAUCAUGGGAUACUGGAGCUUGACGUGCUAAAAAGCACCCAGUCUCUGGAUUUUAACAGUUUCAGUAGCGCAGGAUUAUUACCGAUAUGAAGGGAACUUGAGGCCCAUCGCCGGCCAUUUAAUUAUUAUUAUUAUAUUUUAUUUUUUUUUGACUAAGGUUUUUAAUUGUUGGUUUUUAUCUAACGUGUUUUUUAAUUUUUGGGAUUUUUUUUGUUUGUUGAAAGCUCAAUUUUGUAUUUAGGUCUUUGCUACAUGUACUGGACCAAGUGCGUUAGCAGAAGUAUAUAUAAUAAUAGUAUAUAAAAAUGAAAGGUUUCUAUAUAAAUACAAUACAUAAGAUUUUUUUUUUUUUUUUGCACACAUUUGUGGCAGAUUUUGUCCGUCUUUGUCUCUGUAGCUCCUUUUUGGGAAAGGGAAGAACUGGAAAUGCUGCUGUAUAUGGAAUGGGGGACAGGGGUGUAUGGAGAGGCGAUUUGGUCUGGUGUUUUCAUUUCGGUUUGGCCCUAUAGAUCUAGAAACCCCUUUGCAUACGGUUUUAUGCAUCCCGACACCCCACGGCCAUUAGCCUGCCUUGCCAUGAAUGAAGUCAGCGUAGUUUUCCUGCAAGGCGCACGGACUUACUCAUUUAUGCCUCGUCAUGAAUUGGGCUAAUGCUCCGGCCUCGCAAAGGGAAACAAAGGACUGUGGCCCAGUAUUGAUAGUUUUCUACUAAUAAUGAAACCACCUUCAGCCAAGUGGAUUAAAUAAGUAAAAAAACAAAAACCUGUCCUGUGGAUACAGGGGUGAGACUAGCCUGUGAUUCAUGAUCUGUCUUUGGCCCUUCCAAUACAUGAUGACCAUUAUGGGCAAGUUUUUGUCUCCAUGUUUUGCAGGCUCCGUCAUUGCUUUUUCAGAAGGAAGACGCUCUAUAGCGCCACCUAUCGGUGCAUAAAGACAAGGCUUUCAUGUCCAUAUACGUGAACCCCGUGAUUUGCUGCUGGAAGCUCAUUGGCUUUAAAACCUGUAGUUCUCCAUGAGGUAAAAAUAAAAACUGGCAUUGAGCGAGGUGGCUGUAUAAAAACAGGAAACCCCCCCCCCCCCCCUUACUUACCUUUAAAAUGAACUGACUUAAUGGGAGCAGCGCUGGUGCUGCACUCAAACAGGUGAUCGGUGGGAGUGCAGGACGCCGGACCCCCCGCCGAUCAGCUAGGAGGUUGGUGACCCCUGACCUGUAUUAGUGAAACUGUAACUUACCUGGGGUCCUUGUGCACAUGCAGUUUGGAUGUGGGAACGUGAGGUUGUCGGACUCCAGCUUCCAGCAAGGUAUGCAGGAGUAUUCUGGUCUGACAACCUUGUCCCCACACUCGGCCCAAGAUUUAUACCGCCAUAGACCACAGCGAAGUACGUUUUUCUGUUUAGACCUCUCGUAGGUCAGAAACUUCACUGACAGUCUAAAAGCCAUUACCAGACGGCUUACACUUUGUAUCCAUCUUCGUAAAUGCAUCAAACAAUAAGCGGAGACGGGUAGGACACUAACUUGUUAUACUGACCGACCGCUACAUGAGAAGAAGAAGAAAUGCUCUGUCAUCUGGAUGGAGGAUGAACCCCUUCCUUCAUAAGUGAGUGACAUCCAGGACGAGGUACACUGUUCUAGAUGAUGUACAUGCAGACCCCCACAUCGCAUGCUCCCAUCAUGACGUAAGCUUCUGCCGGUUCCAGGUUCAUGGCUGCUGACCGCCCCAUGGACUUGUUUUUUUUAUGUGUAAUUGCAAAGCAGGGGGGGUCAGCCUGUACGUCAGUGGCAUAGGGGGCACCAGGCAGACCUGCUGAGCCUCUCCAUCCUCCACCCACGAGCGAGCGGUGCAGGGCAUGGCUCCGGGGAGACCAGCGGCAGUUUGUUUUAUACCAGCUACACACAGUUUGUUCUGUCGAGGGGCAGAGGUAUUUUUAUUGUUUUUAGCAAUCUUGUAAUAACGUGUUAAAUAUUAAAGAAAGGAUAUUUUGCUUCUAUCAGAACAUUUGUAUACUCUUUGCAAUUAUAUUUCUGUAAACAGCUCAAAUCAAUAAAAUUAAAGUUUUCAGUCUG